CCCGCCGCCGCCGCUGCAGCGCGCGCCGGGAAACGGGACCCUCGCGGCUGCGCGGGGACUGCCGGGAAACGGCGGCGCCGAGGAGGAGGGUGGGGGCGGCAGCCUGGGGAGCUGUGGAGCCCGUGGAGCCUAUGGAGCCUAUGGGGCCUAUGGGGAUCGGGCUGUUGCGGAGCGUCGUGAGGUCCCGGGAGCUAUCGGGGUGCAGUUGGGAUGCUGUGGGGGCACCGCAGAUUUUGUAGGGAGCCCGGGGGGCUGUGGAGGACUGUAGGGCGUGCGUGGAACUAUAGAAGGGCUACGCGGGGGGGCUGUGGGACGUACAGGGGUGCGUAAGCGGGCAUAGGGCUGAUCUGCGGAAUCAAACUCUAACCCACGUAAGGUUAUAAGAGGUACGGCUUCAUUUCAGCGCUGCGCCACACGCUGGGUACAGGGGGGAUCGCUCCUCCCAGCUUGCGCACCGGAGAGUGGGAUCUCGAUACGUUUAUAAGCCAAUUCAUUUAUUUAGCAGUAUUUUCCAAGACCUAUUGACGUAUUCAUUACUUUUCCGGGAGUUUAUUUACAUACAGUCCCUCCCCGUAGAGCAUGCGCAGUAGCUUCCUCUGGUGGUCGUUGGAUGAAGGCUCGACAUCUCCCUCCCCACCUGGUGGUGGUCGUUCCUGGAUGAAGUCGGUAGUCUUCCUCGCCACGUCCUUCCGACCGUUGUCCCGGUUUUGAGCUCUUCUCCCACCCUGCGUGCCUCUGCAAUUUCUUAUCCUGUUUGUUCCCCUUUCAUUGUUCUCUCAUUGGCCCCUUUGUGCUGCUUUGAGAAGGCUUCCUUUUGGGAAUGUGUUUGGGCUAGCAAAAGUUAACUAAGCAAUUCCUUCUGAGUUAGCAGAAGUUAAACUAAGCGAUGCUAUUUGCGAAUUCCUUUUGAGUUAGCAAAACCAAGCAGUGUUAUGGACCCCUCGCAUCUUGUAUACUUCAGCUCACUAUCUCAGGGGUCUAUAGGGUCCGGGGGGGGGGGGUUGCUACAAAUGUCCUUGGAGCUCUAAGGGUGUAAUGGGUGUAGAGCAAACAAAGGCGAUGACAGAGCCUUUAUUUGAGAAACAGGCACUGUAGGAAAAGAUAUCAAAGAGAAAUGAACUCAUCCGUCCCAGGAACAGUUUGGAGGAAGGGGCGAGCUGAGGAAUGCAGCCUCUCCCAUUAUACUGGAAUGAGAAAUGGGGCAACAGGGGGCUGACUGGGACAGCAGGGGGUGCUUUUGGGGGGGAGGGGUGGAGAAAGGAAGAGUGAAAAUCCAUACUGUGUAUUCAUUCUUUGUGUAAUAUGAUUUCUCACUAUAAACAAUCCAAUUAUUUGCAUCUACGCACUGAUAACACUGAUAAAACACACAGAUGGGAGCCCUGGGGACAGAGGUGGUCUGGGAUACGGCACAGAGCCCCUACUUAACGGCAGGCAUUUAAUUAAAAGGCAGGCCAUCAAUUUUAUGGAGGGAGCGGUCAUUUCUGUGAGCAAAUUAAAUAAAUAGGGACAAUUAUCAUUAUGAAUGUGGAUGCUGAUUCACUCCAUACAGUUCGCUGGCUCUCAGUGGUGCUUGGCUGCUGCAUGUUGUUUACAUGGCACCACUACCUUCACUACCUUCACUUAGACAAAAGUGAUUCUAUCCUUCUGUCACUCAGAUGUGGAGAGCCACUCCAAUGACAGUGGCUGAGGACUGGGAGAUAAGCGUCGGGAAUAAAAGGUGUAACUCUGUUUUCUGUGUGCUCUCCUGCUUGCAGGAGGUCCGCCAUUGCAAUUGCGAAUAAAAUCUGCUUUAUUAGAGAUACUGUCCUAGAAAAUUAUUUGGAUAUUUCCUGCGCUGGGGACGGGGCUCCCUGCAGCUUGUGCUGCUGCGCUGCCAGGCUCCUGCUCAGCCCCCAGAAUCCUGCACUGAUAACCUUGCAUCUGAAACCUCAAACCCUGUACUCUGCACCCAAAACCCAGCCCCCACAAGCUGGCACCCUGAUCCCAAACCUUUCACCCAGGCUUCAAAACCUUGCUUCUGAAGCCCAAAACCUGGCACCUUGCACCCACUCCCUGCAUCUCAAACCACCCAGAAUCCUGCACCUAAAAACCCCAAACCCUUGCACCUAGAGAUUUUGUGUUUUAGAUGGAAGGGUUUGUGGGCUGGGUGCAAGGAGUGGAAGUAGAGUGCCAGGUUUGGGGCUUUAGAUGUACGGCUUUGCAGCCUGAGUUAAAGGUUUUGGGCACAGGGUGCGUGGUCUUGGGUUUCAGUUGCAAGGUUUUGGGUUUUAGAUGCAAGGUUUUGGGGACUGGGUUCCACGUUUGGGUUUGGAUGCAAGUGUCCAGCAGUCAGAGAGAGCUUGACGCCUGGCAGCGUGCAGUGGCCCUGCCCUGAGCCCCAGCAAGGGGAAGAAGCAAGGCUGCCUGCUUCUGCUUGUUGUGGUCUUGUGAUUUUCUGUUGUCAGUGUUCCACAUCAGAACAUCAUUGUAAGCCAGCGGGCGUUAACGAGUGAAUGUUCUGGUUCCGUUUAGUGGCUUCUAAGGGCACUUGGAGUAUCGUGAUGGGGGAGGAGCUGACAGACAGGAGGCAGAGAGACUUUGUACGCGGGCAGGUUGUUACAGGACGGGGGCUACGGUUUUACACUGAAAGAAGGGAAACUGAGGUGUGCUGUGAAGAGGGAAUUCUUUACAGGGAGGGCAGCGCGGCUGCGGCAGUGCUGCCCAGAGCACGGUGGCUGUCCUUUCCCUGGAGGUGCCCAAAGCCCUGGGGGGACCUGGGCAACCUGAGCAGAUGGUGCAGCCAGCCCACGGCAGGGCUGGGGGUUGGGGGGCCGAGAGGUUCCUUCCAACACCACCACAAUUUGAUUGGAUGGUUCUAGGAACCUUUCGACCCCGUGCAACCCAUCCAUUCGUGCAUUACGCGUUCUAUGAUCUCUAAGGUCCCUGCCAUGCCAACCACACAAUGAUUCUACCCUUCUGUGACUCAGAUGUGGAGAGCCACCCCACCGCCCCUCAAUGCCAGCUGAGGACUGGGAUCGUGCCAACAGCACCGAAGCCUCCAUGAGCCGGUGGAAUUGAGCAGGCCUUUAUCAGCACCAGCUCCUGCCUCCGCUGGACAACAGUGUUCAAUGUGGCGUGAAACAGCCAGGAGAAUUGCAAGAAACCUGGCUGCUGCUGCUUCAGAGCAGAAGAUGAACCUCUUGAGAGUGUUCCUCGUACUGCCUGUGGUAUUUCUUGCAUUGCUCAGUGAAUAUCAACUUAGGUCUUGGAUGACACACCUGAAAAUAGAGGAAGACAGCAUUGCACAGAAGCUAGUGAUAUUACAUAAGGCAGUGUCUGAGCUGAGAACACAGCAAGACUGCUAUCAGAUGCCUGACUGGGCACGGAAAAGCAACGGUGCUACCAUCCAGCUCCAGAGAACUUCUCCUACCUAUGAAUGUGAUUCCUGGUUUUGCUGGCUCAAGCGUUUCAUCGUCCCUGUGAAUCCUCCGGAUACCAUCUUGCAGCCGGGUAUUUCACCAGGAGAAUGCUGGCCCAUGCAGGGACAUCAGGGCCAGGUUGUCAUCAGGUUGCCAGCUAAAAUCCUGCCCUCUUGUCUCACUCUGCAACAUGUUGACCCAGAGCUGACUCCAGCUGGCUUCAUCAGCAGUGCCCCGAGGCAAUCUGCUGUCUUUGGACUGGAUGUGGACGGUGAAGAGGAGGUUCCACUUGGGUCAUUCACCUUUAAUGUGCAUAAAGCACCCUUACAGACCUUCCUGCUUCAGAAUAAUCAUGCCAGAGCCUUUCGCUACAUCAAGGUUCUGGUGAAGAGCAACUGGGGACAUCCAGAACACACCUGCAUUUACCAAGUGCAGGUGCAUGGGAAGGUGGUGGAAAAAAAUGGCCUUCUGAAAUUAGAUUUCUAAGAUCUGAAAUUCAACAUGUAAGAUCUGAAGUUGGAUUUGUAAGAUCUGAAAUUGGAUUUGUUGUCAAAAAAAUAAAGACAUUAUA